GCUCAGUUUACUGAGAGGAGUCAGGGAGUAAUACUGCAAACCGUCAGUACUUUACUGGGUACCGUCAGUACUUUACUGCGUACUGUUAGUACUUUACUGGGUACCGUUAGUACUUUACUGCGUACCGUCAGUACUUUACUGCGUACCGUCAGUACUUUACUGCGAACUGUUAAUACUUUACUGCGUACCGUCAGUACUUUACUGCGUACCGUCAGUACUUUACUGCGUACCGUCAGUACUUUACUGCGAACUGUUAAUACUUAACUGCGAACUGUUAGUACUUUACUGCGUACCGUCAGUACUUUACUGCGUACUGUUAGUACUUUACUGCGAACCGUUAAUACUUUACUGCGUACCGUCAGUACUUUACUGCGUACCGUCAGUACUUUACUGGGUACCGUCAGUACUUUACUGCGUACCGUCAGUACUUUACUGCGUACCGUCAGUACUUUACUGCGUACUAGUACUCUCAGUGUGUACUCAGAUGGACGCAGUGUGUGAGGACGACCUCUGCUGGCUGCAGCUGGAUGAUUUCAGGAUGCUGCUGAUCAAAACCAUCGAACCUUCAAGAAUCACUCCCUACCUCCGCCAGUGCCAGGUGAUCAGUGCUGAGGAUGAGGAGCAGCUCUUCAAUGACCCCAGCCUCGUCAUCAGGAGGAGAAAAGUGGGAGCCCUGCUGGACAUCCUGCAGAGGACAGGGGCCAAAGGUUACACAGCGUUCUUGGAGAGUCUGGAGCUGGAUUAUCCUCAAUUGUACAGCCGGAUCACUGGGAAGGAGCCCAACAAGACCUUCAGCAUCCUCAUCGACACAGCAGGUGAGUCCGGUCUGACUCAGUUCCUGAUGUCGGAGCUGAGCCGCCUGCAGAGGGCGCUGCAGGCUGAGAGGAAGCGUCGUCAGGAGGCGUGUUCUGUUGCUAAGGAACAGGAGGAGUGGUCUGAGCAGCAGCAGCUGAAGGAGCACGAGCUGAAGAAGAUGAAGAAGCAGGUGCAGAAGGUGGUGAAGGAGCGCGAGCGUCUGAGCGAGGAGGUCAAACAGCUGCGAGAUCACAACUACACCCUGAUGGCUGACAUCAACGCUCUGGGCCAGGAGAAGAGCAACGCUCUGCUGGCCAAUCGAGACCUUCAGAUAGAGGUGGAGCGUCUGAAGCACAGAGCUGAGAGUCAGACCCGACUGCUGAGGCGACGAACGCUGAGACCACUGCAGGAGAGCCGCAGUCUGGGUCUGCCCACAGAGACCUUCUUCCAUCCCAACAGACUGGAGGAGCUGAAGGAGGAGAAAGAGGAGGAGAAAAAGGAGGAGACGCAGAAGGAGACGCAGCAGCAGGAGACACGAGCUCCUCUUCAGAUGAACCUCCUCACUAAAGUGUUCGGACUGAGGAGAGACCUCCACAGAGCCGAGGAGCAGAGAGCUAAGAUUCUGGAGGAGAAGGAGGAGCUGGAGCUGCGGGUCACUCAACUGAAAGGAGACGUCAGAAUUUACCAUCAACGAAACAAACAAACCCUCAAACAGCUGGAGGAGGUGAUCAGAGAGAGAGACAAGGCUCUGGCGUCGAGGGCGGAGCAGCAGGAAGAGGCGCGGCUGCUCCUGCAGGAGAAGGAUCAGUACAGGGAGCAGGUGAGACAGCUGACUGCGCAGUACGACAGGCUGGACCUCCUCCUGCUCAGGUCCAAGGGGGAGGAGCUACAGCUGAGGACACGCCUCCGCAGACUCACCUGCAACACCCACCAGUGUGAGAGGAGUGUGAGCAGUGAGGAGGAGGAGGAGCCCACAGAGAGCGCGGCUAAAGGCAGCAGUGAGGAGGUGCCCAAUGGGACGUCGGGGGAGAACGAGGAGGCGGCAGUGUCUGGGGAGAACGAGGAGGUGACGACGCUGAAGGUGCACAGCGCUUCUCCUCAGGGAGUGUCUGACCUGAAGCCCAGCACUGCUGCAUUAUGGGAGGAGAAGACAGACGGCUUUCUGACCACUAUAAACCGACCGAACUUCUUUUACCGCAGGAAGCGAGCGGUCAGGACGAAGCACUGCGGCAGGGAGUACGCAGCCAGUAACCAUGACGACAGCAGUGGAAGUUACAUCACCGACUCCGACUGAUGAAGACUGUUUUUACCUGAUGAUCUCUUCCUCGUUAUCGUAGUCAUUGAUCAUGUGAUGGGUUGAUCAGGUUACAGAGUAAAACUCUUUUAUUGAUUUAAUAAGUAAAAUAUUGUAUAAAUUAUAUAAUAUAUAUUAUAUGACAUCAUUUGUUUUAUUAACGAGGCGAGCAACGAGGAAUGAAACGUGUUCAAGAGAGCGCCAUGAAACAGGAAGUUGUUGGAACCUUACUCCGAUUCUCCAGUCGGACUCAAACUCUACAUGUUUGAUAGAUGUGCCCCCUCGUAGCGCCCCCUACUGGCACUAACCUGGUGUUACUACCAUUUGAUUUACAUUAAUUAUUUACAGUCUAUAUUAUUAUUAUUGAUCAGAGUGUACAUCAACAGCCUGGUCCUGCAUCAGAAACUGAUCAGCUGAUAGAUCAAUAAUCAGUGAGUCUGUCAGAAAGAAGAAUAUUAAGUCUGAUUGUUAAAAUGAUAAAAAUACAGAAUACAGACAGAGAAUGGAUCAAUAUAUCAGGAAAACAUUCACAGGAAAUAAUCAAACUUCCUGCAGUGAUUGAGUUCACUGUUUGUGUUCAUUGAUCAGUUGAUCAGCUGUUAUUGAUAGUGAUCAAUAUGAAAUAUACAGUCAGUUUAUUGAUCAUAAUUCAGAUUUAUGUUACUAAUUUUCUUCAGUAUGUAGUUUAAAGUUUGUUUAUGGAAGCACAGAUUGUUGUUGUUGUUGUUGUUGUUGUUCAUGCGUCUGUUGAAUUAAAUUAAACUUUAAUGCAUCAUCA